AUGCCGCAAAAGCUCAAUGUCGCCGUUGCUCAAUCGCGAACCCGCAACACGUUGCCUGAAACUCUACGGGCUCUAGAGCGCACCUCCCACCUAGCUGCGUCCCGAGGGGCUCAAGUUCUCCUUUUUCCAGAGGCGUAUUUGGGCGGGUAUCCUCGGACAUGCACCUUCGGAGGUUCUGUUGGAGCUCGCGACCCCCAUGGCCGUGACCAGUAUCUAAACUACUACCACUCCGCAGUUGACCUUGGGGAUACCCCUGCCGGCGCCGGAGAUGAUUUUAUCGAACGAGCCCUGCCUGUCGCGAAGGGGAAGAAUUACCGCGGUGAUGGGACAAGGGAAUAUUUGGAACGGGUUGCGCGGGAGACGGGAAUGUUGCUCAUUGUUGGCUUGAUUGAGAGAGCUGGUGGGAGUCUGUACUGUUCAGUUGUAUACGUGGACCCCAAGAGAGAAACUCUAGGGAAAAGAAGAAAAGUGAUGCCAACUGGCACUGAACGGCUGGUGUGGGCACAGGGAUCUCCUUCAACUCUCAAGGCUGUUACUACAGAGAUUAAUGGGGUAAAGAUCACCCUGGCAGCAGCUAUUUGCUGGGAGAAUUUCAUGCCCCUUUUACGACAGAGCCUAUAUUCCCAGAAUGUGAACCUCUACCUCGCUCCAACUGCAGAUGGGCGUGAUACCUGGCUACCGUUGAUGCGCACUGUAGCAUUUGAAGGAAGGACUAUUGUUCUCAGCGCCAACCAGUGUGUUCGCCAAAGCGAACUUCCGUCAUGGAUCACGAAACGUCAAAAGUCCAGGAACCCCUCAAGUCACCCUGUGGCUAAAAACAAAACGUCAAGUCGCCCAAUCAGCUGUCGACCGGUGCUACCAGGAAGAAAGUCCUCGAUAACUACGUUAGAAGGAUCCCACGAGAUUGUGUGGCCUUGCAGUGAUCCAAAUACCACCGCCUCCGCUACCAGUACGACAGAAGACCUUCCCGAAUCGGAUGGUGGAAUCCAUCCAUUCCCUGAAGUCGACGAGGAUGCCCCCAGCACCACCAUAGACGGAGUGGCUGGUCGGGAGCCAGAUGCAGAUCCAUUCGUAAAUUCCGUCCCCCACACCCAAACCCAUCCCACAUCCCCUUCUGGUUGCAAAAAAUGCCACAGAAAAUCCAUAAUAACGAAAGAUGAGCACGAAAUUACAUGGCCAGACCAUACCGCAGAUGGCCAAGGGGUAGCGACAACAUCGUUGUUAUCCGACCCAUACGUGUCUUGUGGUGGUUCUUGCAUAGUAGGCCCCAUGGGAAAUGUUUUGGCGGGUCCACUCUGGAACGUCUCAGAUGAUGAUAGUUGUGAUCAUAUAUUAAUUACAGAAGUGGAUUUCGAGGAUUGCGAACGGGGCAGGCUGGACUUAGAUGUUGCAGGGAGUUAUUCAAGGAAUGAUGCGUUCAAAUUGACGGUUGAUGGCCUCGAUUUAAAUCCACCACCUUUCUAA